CUGCGCAGUUUCCGGAGCGGAUCGCAACCCGGAGUCCGGAUCCGAUCCCGCUCUGCACAUUCCAAAGGCAGGUGUCGGCGAUGGCGGAAGACGGCGAGGAGAUCAUGUUCAUCUGGUGUGAAGACUGCAGCCAGUACCACGACUCUGAAUGUCCCGAGCUGGGCCCGGUGGUCAUGGUCAAAGACUCCUUUGUGUUAAGCCGGGCACGGUCGUCCCUUCCUUCCAACCUGGAGAUCAGACGACUGGAAGAUGGGGCCGAGGGGGUGUUUGCUGUAACGCAGCUUGUCAAGCGCACGCAGUUUGGUCCAUUCGAGUCCAGGAGAGUCGCCAAAUGGGAGAAGGAGUCUGCUUUUCCACUGAAGGUGUUCCAGAAGGACGGGCACCCCGUGUGCUUCGACACCUCCAACGAGGAUGACUGCAACUGGAUGAUGCUGGUGCGGCCGGCGGCAGAGCCUGGCCACCAGAACCUGACCGCCUUCCAGCACGGCAGUGACGUCUACUUCACCACCUCGCGCGACAUCCCCCCUGGCACCGAGCUGCGCGUGUGGUAUGCGGCCUUCUACGCCAAGAGGAUGGACAAGCCGAUGCUGCGGCAGGCCUGCCCCGGGCUCCCUGCUGCAGGCACCCCGGAAAACAGCGCCCCGGCCGAGUCGGAGCCCAGCCAGUGGGUGUGUAAGGUGUGUUCCGCCACCUUCCUCGAGCUGCAGCUGUUGAAUGAGCACCUGUUGGGCCACUUGGAACAAGCCAAAAGUGCCCCCCCAGCUGGCCAGCAGGAGCCGGCUCCCGAGAAGGAAGCCGACGCGCCCCGGGGGGAGCCUCCCUCCCUUCCCAAGAGUGUCGGUACCACCAAAGAGCAGAAGAAAAAGCCUCGAAGGGGAAGAAAACCCAAAGCAUCCAAACCGGAGCAGCCUCUAGUCAUUGUGGAAGGCAAGGAACCAGCAGAGCAAGUGGCAGAGAUCAUGACCGAGGUGGAGCCUGUGACCGCCACGCCGGACGAGCGGAUCAUGGAGCUGGUGCUGGGGAAGCUGGCCACCACCGCCAGCGACGCUGGCUCCGUGCCCAAGUUCCCCCAUCAUCAGAGCGGCACCAUCACCCUCAAGAGGAGCCUCAUUCUCUCCAGCCGACACGGCAUCCGGCGAAAGCUGGUCCGGCAGCUCGGGGAGCACAGGCGGGUCUACCAGUGCAGCAUCUGCAGCAAGGUCUUCCAGAACAGCAGCAACCUGAGCAGGCACGUGCGCUCACAUGGUGACAAGCUGUUUAAAUGUGAGGAAUGUGCAAAGCUGUUCAGCCGCAAGGAGAGUCUGAAGCAGCACGUCUCCUACAAGCACAGCAGGAACGAGGUGGACAGCGAGUACAGGUACCGCUGCGGCACCUGCGAGAAGACCUUCCGCAUCGAGAGCGCCCUGGAGUUUCACAACUGCAGGACAGACGACAAGACGUUCCAGUGUGAGAUGUGUUUCAGAUUCUUCUCCACCAACAGCAACCUUUCCAAGCACAAGAAGAAGCAUGGGGACAAGAAGUUUGCUUGUGAAGUCUGCAGCAAGAUGUUCUACCGCAAGGACGUCAUGCUGGACCACCAGAGGAGGCACCUGGAAGGAGUGCGGCGGGUGAAGAGAGAAGACGUGGAGGCCGGCGGCGAGAACCUGGUCCGCUACAAGAAGGAGCCGUCAGGAUGCCCGGUGUGCGGCAAGGUGUUCUCCUGCAGGAGCAACAUGAACAAGCACCUGCUGACCCACGGCGACAAGAAGUACACCUGUGAGAUCUGCGGGCGCAAGUUCUUCCGUGUGGACGUGCUCAGGGACCACAUCCACGUCCACUUCAAGGACAUCGCGCUAAUGGAUGACCACCAGAGGGAAGAGUUUAUUGGCAAGAUUGGGAUCUCCUCGGAGGAAAAUGAUGACAAUUCUGACGAGAGCGCAGACUCGGAGCCUCACAAGUACAGCUGCAAAAGAUGUCAGCUCACCUUUGGCCGCGGGAAGGAGUACCUGAAGCACAUCAUGGAGGUGCACAAGGAGAAGGGCUAUGGCUGCAGCAUCUGCAACCGCCGCUUUGCCCUGAAGGCCACUUACCACGCCCACAUGGUCAUCCACCGUGAGAACCUGCCGGACCCCAACGUACAGAAGUACAUUCACCCCUGCGAGAUAUGCGGGCGGAUCUUCAACAGCAUCGGGAACUUGGAGCGGCAUAAGCUCAUCCACACAGGGGUGAAAAGCCACGCCUGUGAGCAGUGUGGGAAGUCCUUUGCCAGGAAGGACAUGCUGAAGGAGCACAUGCGCGUGCACGACAACAUCCGCGAGUACCUGUGCGCCGAGUGCGGGAAAGGCAUGAAGACCAAGCACGCGCUGCGCCACCACAUGAAGCUGCACAAGGGCAUCAAGGAGUACGAGUGCAGGGAGUGCCACCGCAAGUUCGCGCAGAAGGUCAACAUGCUCAAGCACUACAAGCGGCACACGGGGAUUAAGGAUUUCAUGUGCGAACUGUGCGGAAAGACGUUCAGUGAGCGGAACACGAUGGAGACCCACAAGCUCAUCCACACGGUGGGCAAGCAGUGGACGUGCUCCGUGUGUGACAAGAAGUAUGUCACCGAGUACAUGCUGCAGAAGCACGUGCAGCUCACCCACGACAAGGUGGAGGCACAGAGCUGCCAGCUGUGUGGGACCAAGGUGUCCACCAGGGCCUCCAUGAGCCGACACAUGAGGCGCAAGCACCCCGAGGUCCUGGCUGUGAGGAUCGACGACCUGGACCACCUGCCAGAGACCACAACCAUCGACGCCUCCUCUAUUGGCAUCGUCCAGCCCGAACUGAGUCUAGAGCAGGAAGAUCUGGCCGAAGGCAAGCAUGUGAAAGCCGCCAGGAGGACUCACAAGAGGAAACAGAAGCCGGAGGAGGCAGCGGCGGCGGCAGGGGCCACAGGGCCUGAGGAUGCCACCUUCAGCGAGUACCCGGAGAAGGAGGCCACGUUCUCGGGCGGCGUGGGCGACGAGACGGACUCCGCUGUGCAGAGCAUCCAGCAGGUGGUGGUGACACUGGGCGACCCCAACGUGACCACCCCGUCCAGCUCCGUCGGCCUGACCAACAUCACCGUAACCCCCAUCACCACUGCGGCCGGCACUCAGUUCACCAACCUGCAGCCAGUGGCAGUCGGGCACCUCACCACCCCGGAGCGCCAGCUGCAGCUGGACAACUCCAUUCUGACCGUGACCUUUGACACAGUCAGCGGCUCUGCCAUGUUGCACAACCGCCAGAACGACCUCCAGAUCCACCCCCCACCCGAAGCCUCGAACCCACAGUCUGUGGCGCACUUCAUCAACCUGACCACCCUGGUCAACUCCAUCACGCCCCUGGGGGGCCAGCUCGGGGAGCAGCACCCGCUCACCUGGCGUGCGGUGCCCCAGACUGACGUCCUGCCCGCCCCGCAGCCGCCAGCCCCGCAGCCGCCGCCGGCCCAGCCCCCAGUGCCCGCCGAGCAGCAGCCACAGAUGUACAGCUACUGAGAUGCCUGGCGGGGACCUCAGGACCAGAACUGCAGAUGAGGGGGGUUGUUGGGGUAUUUUUUUGAGAUUUGUUUGCUGGAUACCAAACAAAGGAACACCAUGUUGCAAUGUAAGGAAGGUUGACUUAGCUUUUGCAGAACGAUCUCCAAAUCCCCCAGCAGCCGUCAGUCUGUCAGCCUAACUCAAGAAGUGACCCCGGGUGGCCAGUGGUCCACUGGAGCUGCUCGGGCUCUUCCCGGUGAAGCGACGCCCUCGGGCUUCCCUGCCCCGACAGUGAUGGACACAGGGCUUGGGAAAGCGAAACAGAAAGAGAAGCAGCAUCUCAAGAGGCGAGAGACAGGUUAUUAGGAAGCUCAGGGGUUGGGUGCAUUGCAUUUUUUUCCUCUAGAGCUCAGUUACCAUGUUUAAACGGAGACGGGGUUCACACGUGGCAGCACAGUCUUCUCCUGGCUUCGGGACUUUUUUGCCAAUGAGCAGAUAGAAGUUCCAGUUAUACUGAUUCUCUUCGCAAUUUGAGUUGAGUCCAGUUUGUUCCACAACUUCAGGCCGAAACCGUGUGAGGAGAUGGGUCACAGGAGGUCACUGGCCAAGGCUUUUUAGUAACAGAAUUCGGGAAUUGAUUUUCAGUCUGUCUAUUUUUUAACUUUAUCUCAAGCAUAUAUUGCCUAUUUGAGACUCUGCUGUGCCCUACUGGUUUAUACUUUGCUGUGCAGGAGUCGUUUGCACUGUAGGACCGUGGUCCACAUCCAGUUCUACACGGCUGCCCCAGCGAGGAGGACACAGCUCCGAGCAUCGCCUGAGCCUCGCGCUGUCCCUGCUGGAGGCUCCUUGGGGCCGUCUCAGGAUCUCUGCCAUCCAAAUAUAUUUAUUAUGGCUGAGGCUCAGCCAGAAUCCCCUAAGCUGAAGAACAGGGAGGAAAUUCCUCUUUUCUUUCUGUUUCAACUUUAAUUCCAAAGGUUGAUGUGUUUCAAGACCAAUUUUCUAUAAAAAUGUUGAGCGAGCUUGGUUUUUCUGAAAUACAAAGGUGGUGCUGUCUCCUGCCAAGCAGUAGGAAAGUGGGAGGGGUUAUUAGCUGACCAGCAGAUGCCUCAGCCCCCCUAGAGUGAAUGACUGUGCUGAGUGGUGGCAGCUCCGCUCCCCCGGGGACACGGGCUUUCGCACGUGUGUGGCCAUCUCAGAGGCAGUGGCUGAGGCUCGGGGCCAUCGAGGUGGCGGUCAGUAGCCAGCCCUCCUACUGCCCGGCCAGGGAGACAGGAAGGACGCUUGAUUUUCAUUCUCCUGACGCUCUAACGCUGCCCAGAGUGCAGUGUUACAUUUGCCUUGUUUUGUCCUGACCACUUUGUCCCAGAGCCUGUGCUUGGGGGACCAUCCUGAGGAGAUGCUGACAGUGAGUCAGGAGUGGAUAAGCAAGGCAGAGUAACCUUGUGCUGCCGGUGAGGCUACGGACAGACGUCCCCCGCACUUCGCUUUGUUCCAGAGAGCAGGGUUGUGAGGCGAGGGCCAGGCCUGGACUUGCUGCAGUGCCCUCGUGAACUAAGUCCAUCCCCCGCGCAGCACGAGAAAGGGGGCUUCGGAAUUCACCCUCCACACGCACAGCUCAUCCGUCACUCCCGACUCUCACCUCUCCGUUGAAUUAAUCGUGGGGGAUUGUUUGACUUUUAAUUUAUGAUAAUUAUUUUUAUGUUAUUUAUGUAUAUAAUUAACUGCUUUAUCCAUAAUGGUUUCAUCAAAUGAACUUGGGCUAGGGAUGAUAAAAUACUGUCUCCCUUCUCCAGAGGUAAGUGGUCCAGGUGUCUGUGGAAGCGUCAGGAGCGCCAAGGUUCCUAAGGUAUUUUUUUUUUAAAUCACUGAUGGUUUCUUUUAGCAUCUGCAGAACAUAAAGGGAGAAUGACCAACUAAAACAACCGAACGUGGUUAGACACCUGCUAGCAUUUAUCUUUUAUUCCUCCUCCCUAUGAAAUAAAGGCCUUUUAAAUCACAGUUUUAUUUUUUUAAAAGAAGUUGUUUUCGUGCCUAGAGUAGGAAUGCAGCAAACAUGUUUAAAGAACCUAAUUUCGGUUGUGUGGGCCCAGGGACCUCCCACUGUUUAUUUAAAUACACAGAUGUGUAAUAAUACUUCUUGUUAUAGUAAGUGAGAACUCUUAAGUAAAGAUCAAAUUUACUCCUGAGUUUUCUGUAGAAAUAUUUGGUCCUAAUAGGGUCACUGUGUGAGGCAGAGUAGGUUCCUGUUGUCCUAAAACUGGCUGUGAAUUUGCAUAUUAGAAACUGGGGCGGGGAACAAAAGUACUUCUGGGCCAAAAGAGCUAUCACUGUAGAGUGUUUCGCACACUUACCACUGUUUACUCAUGGAAAGUAUUUAAUUUUUUUUAACUGAGCCCAGGGGCACAGCUGUAGCCAUGGGUGGACAUUGGAUCGAGCCAUUGUGGCCCGUGAGCUCUGUGACUCCCCCCGGGUUACUCUAAAUUAAUAAACAGAAGAACUCGC